GAAAAUGUCUUAUUCUCCGUAUGCCUCCGUUUUCGAUUUCCUCACUCCGUAAUCUCACAAUUCUGAUCACCAUCGCGCGUCUGCCUCUCCAGCUUCAGGAAGUCUUGCGUCGGAGACGGGGAUCGCCCACCCCUGGCUCACAAGAGGUCACCCUGCUGCUGGCCGAUACAAUCACAUCAGGGGAGAAGACCAUCGCGCACACCGGCAUACCUGGCUCUAGAGGACGAUCGUGAAAGUGGAGUGUAUCGCGUUGUGAAAGGAAAUAAGGCCGAAUGUUGACUUGGGGGCCAUUGCUAUUCAGUCACAGACUCACAGUGGCAGACCUCGUGGAGUGAUCCAAGAUUUGAGAUUUGGAGGGAGAGUCAGAAGAGACACGGCGCGGUCAAAGUGUCACCUGGAGACGAUAUACUUCGAAGUAUACUGACCAUUUGAGUGGAUGAUACUGGGUUCGGGGAGAGCGCUGUAAGGAGGAUCAAGCGCAUUAAGCUUGAUGAAGGAGAUCGGUCAUAGCCACCAAAUGUACGAAAUACUUGGUACCCGUAGAUGUACAAAGUACUCCGUACAGAAGGCUGCGGCGGCAGUGAGUGAGUGGGAAUAGAUUCCGACCAAGCGGAAUGUGCAGGGAACUUUACCUGACACUGCAGUGUUUGCUUGUCCACCUUGACCUCGCCCUCGUCUUCGUUCCCAAGCUCCAGGGCGGCUCCAACAUGAUUGCAGCCCCGCUACGGAGCAUGAGAGAUGGGGCGUGGAGUAUGCAGCAUCAUGGAUCAAGUGAGGGAGAGGGAGAGUGAGUGUAUGGGUACGUUACUACGGUUCGGGCAAGAUAUGGGCACAACAUGGGUCGGUGUAUGGAUCAGCUACGCAGCACUUGUAUCUCCCCCGCAUUCACCUCCUGCACAUCCAGAUCCAUCCUCUCCGUACCUCCUCCCUACGCAGUCGAGAGAGCGGAGACAGAGGAGACCACCAAGUAGAGAGCCUGGUCGUGGUCGUGGUCGCCCUGACCGGAUAAGCGUGGUCUGUGGUAUCUUAGUGUCUUAGUACCUGGCCUAAAAAGAACCACGAAGCUUCGACUGACUUAAUAUCCCGAGUUUACCCUCGAAAGUACUUGGAAGUACAUUCACUUUGCUGCCGAUUCUCGACUGCUGCUGCUCUACCGUUACCGCUCUACCGCUAGUGUGCUUGUGCUUGUACCUGCCCUGCCCUGCCCUGCCCUCACCGUCUAAAGUUUCCCGCCUUACUUCACUCUUACCUCAUCACUUUCUGCCACUUUGCGCCUCCCGCCGCCCCAACACUUUCCACCUGCACCACCACCAAAAAGCUCUCCCGCUUCCCGCUUCCCGCCUCGCGCUUCCUCCCCUCCCUUCCCCCAAAACCACCACACAACCAUAAUCACGACGUUCUCCCGAGCUGUCGCCGACUUUCUUCCACACCCUCUCGCCCAAUCUUCUGCCUUCGUCAACACCAUCAACAUUAUUCCGCCGAGGUUCUAUCAAAAUAUGUCCGCCUUUGAGCCGCCUGGCGGCAAUGGCAAUGGCAACGGCCAUGCCAACACCUACUCACUGCCGCAAGGUCAACCACCACCGCAACAACACCAAGGCCAUCAACAUCCAGGUAGUCAUGGUCCAGGCAAUGAUGGUAUGUCCAUGAAUCACCCCGGCCAUGUUCAGCAACCGCAAUACAUGUUCGACGGUCAACAACAACAGGGCUCUCCACACAUUCAACACCUCCAACAUCCACACCAGAACCCGUACAAUGGCCACCCCAACGCGCACGAUCUCGGCGACGGUCAACAUGGAAUGCAAGGCCCAGGUCCCGCGGCACCCACGCCAACCAGUGGUGGUGAAGGCCAGAAGGGCAACCGAUUGAGAAAAGCUUGCGAUUCCUGCAGCAUCCGAAAGGUCAAGGUAUGCGACGCGACCUCAUUCACUACGCGCCAUCCAAAAUUCCAUCCCGAGAUCCCAUGGAUGCUAACCAUCUCCCUGUAGUGCGAUGAGUCGGGUCCGCCAUGUCGCGCCUGCGCUGCCCUCGAUAUCCCAUGUACACGAGAGAGACCAAGUCGCAGACGAGGUCCUCCCAAUCGACACGCCGAAGCCAUCAAGCGUCGUAGACUCGAAUCGCCAUCCGGUGCCGGCGGCAACUUUCCUAGUCCUACCUCCCCAAAUAACAUUGCGGCGACCUUGGUCUCCAUCUCCUCCCACGCUGUCUUGAACGCGGAGUCCAUCUGUCCAUUCUCUACGCUGGAGCUCUUGGUCGAUGAUUUCUUCACUUACAUUCACCCUCUGACACCUUUUCCACACGAGCCCUCCUUCCGAGCUGCCUUUAAGCAUCGCGAAGACCUCAACAAUCCUGCCUUCUUGGCUCUCUUGGCGUCGAUGGUUGGAGCGCUCGUCGCGUCAUUCCCUCGAAAGCCUAGGAUCCACCUGAAGGCCGAACGCCGCGAGCACCUCUUCCCCAAUUCAAUCUCUUUGGUAGAGCGUUGCCACAAGGUUGCGGUCGAGGCUCGUGGCUCAGGUUACUUGGAUAAAGAUCUCACUGUCUAUGAUGCGGCAACCAGUUACUUUCUGGGGUUGUCAGCUGCGUAUACCUUUAAUUGGCGACAAUGUAGACUUUACUUUGGUGAGACUUUGACUAUGGUAAGAGUUCUUGGUGCGCACAAGGUAAAGGACCCUGGACUACUAGUGGUUGGUGAUUUGCCUACUGUAUUUGGUGAGACUGGUGGUGAUAAGUUUGAUGGUUCUCCUCAACCAAUUGAUUGUAUCAGACAAGAAAUCGGUCGCCGAAUUUUCUGGUGCAUGUUUGUUGGUAUCAGGUAUGGUAACUUUUCUUUUAAACCCUUCUCCUGAACCAAUUGUGUCACAAGAAUAUCGGAUCGCUUUUUAGCGAUGGAUUUGCGAAGAAUCAGUUUCAUCAUUAAAACAUCAAAUCGGUUCAGUUUCGAACCUAUUCCUCAGAACCUAUUUUCGUCAUUUUCACCACCAGCCGAUCUCAUAUCUAACAAAUUUUUCUAGAUCAAUGCAACAAUUGGGCGCCAGCUUUGGAGAGCUUCUCAUUCCACCCUCCACCCCCAACGAUCCUUACCCACCAAUGCCUUUGGAGGUGGAUGAUGAAUACAUUUUCGUGGACCAUAUCGCUGUUCAACCACAUAAUGUCCUCUCCAAGAUCUCUGGCUUCAACGCAGGCAUCAAGAUCUACCUUACCGUAUCUCCUUUGGCAACAAUGGAAAUGGCUUAUGGCAUUGACCAGGUCUUUGACUGGAAUCGGCAGAAACGUGUUUUGGAGGAGUGUCUCAAGAAUGUCAAGAAAAUCUUGGAUGGCAUCGCACCUGAGCUUCAUGUUGCCCCCCAGUCCAAGGCUCCUGAAUUUGGUGCAAACAAUACCUCGUACUUUCCGCCCGUUCCAGAAUAUAUGGGUGCCCGAGCCAACGCUACGAAUGGAGCUCAAUGGCAACCCGAAGGUUCUAUGGAAGCUCGAAGAAAUCUUCAAUUUGAGAUUCAAAAGGCCAAUAUUUACGCCAGCCAACUUGGUACAAGAUCUUACAUCGUUGAGAAGUAUUUGGGUCUUCAGGAGCUGCAAGAACAAAGAGAUCAGAGUUCUGCAUCACCAUCUGUCAUGAGUUCACCUGGUUUGAUGGCUGCAGGAUUAGAUGGCAUCAUUCCCAAGAAAUCACCAACCAGCAAUUACGAUGGCUAUGAGAAUGUUGUAGCAGAGAGAGAACUUAUUGUCAAGGAUUUGCUUGUGGUACUCAACAGUAUCAACCAAGUCAACAUGGAGCCAAAUGGAGGCAGCUUUGUAAGUUCCUUGCUAAUACCUCAUGGGGUAAUACUAAUAUUGUUCAGAUCAACAAGAUUCGACAAAUCGCGUCAACUCUCAUCAGCACCCCGGCACAACGCAAGGGACCUGUUGCACAAACUGCCGAGGCAUACUUGAACAGAUUUCUCGACAUCUUGAUGCGCCUCGAGCGUGUCAGUCCUGGUGUCAAGAGUGAGACUGGUGAGGUCACUGACGAAGAGGAAUUGCGAGCAUGGGCCGAUAUGAGAGAGAACCAGAUGCGCUUUGCACAAGCUGGUGGGUUUCUCAGCGAGAUGUGAAAAUUGGGCUAGUCUUGCGGAAUUUCGGACGGGUGUAACCGGGGUGCUUUUUCUUCUUUCUCCCCUGGGCUUUUCAAAAAGUCUGUGGGUUGCUAACUUUGACCACGGAGUUUGUCGGGGGGAACCAAAAAACUUGACUUGGGACGGGGGAACGAUAUCAUACCAAAACGUUUGUGAUUGCGAUGAGGCUUUUUUUUUUCUUUCCACGCAAAUGUUUCAAUGUUGCUAGCUCAUGAGCUUGCUCUCGAUAGCGAGGGCUAAUCAGCAACUAGUUCACUAGUUUAUGAGGGAUUGUAAUUUUAUUAUAGCCUUAAAUGUUUC